AAACCAUUUGCAAAGUGUUUUACUCUUGCAGGACCAAGACAUUUAAAACAAAACUUUCAAGCAGUCGAUGGAGUGCAAUCGGAAAGGUUAAGGAAAAUCCAGAUGGGGUGCAGGUGCUGCAAAAUGAUACAAAGCUAUAUAUUUGAUCCAGAAGAAGUACAAUCAUCAUGCAUUCAUGAAGUAAACAGCUAUAAAUACAAUGAACAAGGCAGCAAUAAAUCCAAAUUCAAAGAGAAUAGUGAAAUUGAAGAACCCAAAAAUGAACUCCAGAAUGAUGAGGUAAACAAAACAGAAAAUAAAAAUCCAGUAAACAGUACAACAGAAACUCUCUGGAAUCACAGAGGCAACAAUUCUCAAGAGGAUGGCCUUGUGAAGUGUGCUGCAAAGCUUGAUGUUGCAGUCAAUGGUGGCAACUCCUGUGCUCAGCACUCCAUGCUUAGCUGCAACACAAGUCCAGUGAAAGAAACCAGGGAAAAGGGAACCUCCAGCCAGUCAGAGGCUUCUUCAGCCAGCAAUAGAGACUUUUACACGGAAUCAAAUAGGUCUGGACAAGAACUUGACCUAGAGACAGGCAGUCAGAGCAAGGCAGCCAGCAAAGUGCCUAACAGUAUUCCAGACUCCCAGUCUGCAGAAGACAGUGUCUUUCUCAAAGGAAACUCAAUACUGGAGACAGAAAACAAUGCCAUAAGACUGCCAGAUAUUGAUUAUCCCCAAAAUGGCAAUCAAACUGGGAACUACAUUGAAAAAGACAGCUUUUCAGACAACUGUGCACAUUCAGACCAAAACACUGGUACUUCACCAGUACAGGACCAGGACCUUCAUGUAAUCCCACCUUUGCCUGUGAAAGAGAGCAGUACUGAACCUUUUAAAACUGACUCUGCAAGUCUGAGUGAGAGCUUUACUGGUGGUAUCACUGCAGUGGCUGUUACCAAAGUCACACAGGCACCCACACAGACCAGCCAGGAAGAUGUCAAUGGAGGAAUUGAAGAGGAAGAUGCUGAAGUUGCAGCAGCUCUGGCUGCACUGGAUGCUGCAACAGCAGGAGAAGACCUGGAAGAUGAUGAGUACUAG